UUCUUUUCUCCUCCUUGAUUUAGCUCUAAUUCACUUUCAGGCAUCCCCGCCUUUGUCUGUAAUUAGCUUCUCGCAAUGGCCGACUCCAACGAACCCCAGCCGGUUGUACCGGUCCCUCGCUCCACUAAGCCCGUCAGCGAGGCCCUACUGAACGAGAAGUGGGACCGCGCCAUCUCGUCACUCAUCAUCCGUUCCUCCCUCGGUCUCUCCUUCGGUGUCGUCUUCUCUGUUCUGCUCUUCAAGCGGAGAGCCUGGCCCGCCUGGGUUGGUCUGGGCUUCGGUGCCGGCCGUGCUUGGGAGGAGGCUGACUCUUCCUUCCGUCGGGGUGACUCCCCCAUCAGAGAUGCUCUGCGUCGGUAGAGCAUCCCCGACUCGGCAUCUGUUACUGUAUGAUACCUGUAUAGCUGGGAAGGAAAUCAAGUCGGCGGUGAGGGCACACAGUGGUGGUGCGGUUUAGAAGGUUCUUCUAGACUUUUCUUUACUUUUAGCAUGCAAUUUAUCGUUGGACCUGUUCGGCUUCUCGGUGCAUCUACAGUAGUCAAGGACAAGACCUGGCUUGCUUCUCACGCCUGAGUUGUGUGCUCACAUUUAAUGUGUGUGCGCAACUCAAACAUGUCAUAGCCUGGCAAAUUGCG